UGCGGCUCCUUGGGUGCCCGAGGCCCGGGAGGAAAGCUAGUGGGCUUGCCAGGGCAGCGCCGCGACCUGGCGUUGCCACGGCACCCCUGUGCGCGUCCCUAGCAGCCGCCCGCCCACGUCAAGGUUUGUUUAAUAAUCGCCUGGGUAUUUAUGGCCUGGGCUCACCGAGGCCGCGGGGGAGCCAGGAGACCGCGCCGGGCAGCGGAUGAAGCGCGGCGGCUGUGGCCCAGGGCACCUCCCCCCGGCUUCCCGAACCCUGCCCGGUCCCACCCGAGGGGGAGGAUGGAAACAUCGGCCACACUCUGAGCCCCGCAGAAAGAUAACACCCUGCCCGCCUAAUCACCCUGCGGUCCUGCGGAGGCCACCAACUCGUCCCCUCCACAUCUCCAUCUCCCACAUCCGGGCCAAGCAGAAAAGCGAGCGAUGGCAGAAAAUCUAAGGAAACUGAUCUCCAGCGAAUCUUUACGAUUGAUGCACGACAGCCUGGAACGCUGGCUGAGGGAGUACAACACAAACUCAUGUGAUCAAAACCUAAGUCUUUGCCUCGAAUUCAUUGAACAAGUUGCCAGGGUACAGGGACAACUCUUCGGAAUCCUCACUAUAACAGCUCAAGAAGGAGGACAUUAUGAUGGUGUGCAAGUAAUCAAAUCGCGCCUUUUGCCGUGGCUGGAGGCCUCCUUUACUGCUGCUUCCAUGGGAAAACCUGUUGACAGCAAGGUCCCCUCUCUACAGGACACGUUUGAUAAGGAGAGACAGAAGGAGUCUAGUGCUCGGGACCGGGACUCACAGCAGUUAGACUCGGAGCUGAGGGCGACUCGCAGCCAACUCAACCAGGUUCAAGACGAUCUGGCUGAAAGCGCAAAGACUCUUGAAGCAACCAAGAACAGAUCGGCCAUAUCCCUUUUGGCUGCAGAGGAGGAAAUAAAUCAGCUAAGAAAGCAGCUUAAAUCUCUUCAAGCCCAGGAGGAGUCCCGCCACAGAAACGCAGCGAAUAGGACCUCUGCGCGUAGGACCGGAGAGCUGCGUGCUGAGCCCAGGGCCUCUGAGCUGAGAAGAACGAAGGAUCGCAGCUCCGACAAGCGUGGCUCGGACAGGUCGGACAGGCGUGUCUCGGAGAGAUCGGACAGGCGUGUCUCGGACAGGUCGGACAGGCGUGUCUCGGACAGGUCGGACCAGCGUGGCUCCGACAGCUUAGACAAGCGUGGCUCGGACAGGUCUGACUCAGAAGUGAUAUCCGAUUAUGAGAAACAGCUCCGAACCUUGAAGGACGAGAUCGCCGUUCUGUCUGCUGAAAAAUCCGUCCUCCAAGGAAGGUCCACCAGGAGCCGGUCGCCGAGCCCUGCCCCUCGCAGCCGCAGUCCCAGCCGCAGCCGCAGCCACAGCCGCGGCCGAAGCCACAGUCGCAGUCAUAGCCGUAGCCGCAGCCGCAGCCACAGCCACAGCCGGCCAGGCAGCCCCUCCAACGCAGUGGUGAAGGUCAGGACCCCAUCUCCGAAUCGCGCCAAACUGUCCAGUGCGGCGCGCAAGGCUGCCCUGGUGUCCCGGUUCAGCGAUGCCUACUCCCAGGCCCGCCUGGACGCGCAGUGCCUGCUGCGGCAAUGCAUCGACAAGGCCGAGACAGUGCAGAGGAUCAUCUACAUCGCCACAGUGGAGGCAUUCCAUGUAGCUAAAAUGGCAUUCAGACAUUUCAAGAUCCGUGUGAGGAAAUCUUUGACACCGUCUUAUGCAGGGUCUAACGAAUUCGACGAUGCCGUCUCGGAGUACAUCAUUUGCCAUCUUGAUCUAUAUGAUUCCCAAAGCAGUGUCAACGACGUAAUCCGAGCCAUGAACGUCAACCCCAAGAUUUCGUUCCCUCCGGAAGUGGACUUUUGCCUCCUCAGUAACUUCAUCCAGGAGAUAUGCUGCAUUGCCUUUGCGAUGCAGACGUUAGAGCCACCCCUAGACAUUGCGUUUGGGGCCGAUGGAGAAGUUUUUAAUGAUUCCAAGUACCGCCGCAGCUACGACUCCGAUUUCAGUGCUCCCUUGGUCUUCUAUCAUGUGUGGCCUGCCCUCAUGGAGAACGACAUUGUCAUUAUGAAGGGAGAAGCUGUCACCAGGAGAGGGGCUUUUUGGAAUUCAGUGCGACCGGUAAGCCGAUGUCGAAGCCGGAGUUUAAGUCCCAUCUACCCUCGUAGCCAUAUUGGUUUAAGCACGCUGCCUCGGAGUCGGAGCCCUUCCCCGAUAAGAUGUGGAUUGCCAAGGUUUUAAAGCCACCAGACAGGCUCCUCUGUCUCCGCACACUUGUGACAGCCCGACAGCCACCUCCCAGCCCACCUGCCUGCUGCAUCUGCCUCUCGCCUCGCUUAAGAUAAUGUGAAAAGGCAACUCUGUGUACCACUCCACACAGAGAGUUAAAUGCUUUGGCUUAAUGCAUUUGUAACUUCAGAUAUAUUGUAUUUUAUUUUACUUUAUAGAUACCAAUUCCAUGAAUUCGAUAGCAGCCAUUGCCUAGGUGUUUAGGAUCACAUGCGUUCGAAGCAGAGUCCAUCAGCCAAGGGUUAGGCCCUGUGAGGGCAACUGCGUGAACAGCAGUGGAAAACCUUGACCAUGCUGAGUCCGAAAGGCAAGAGGAGAAAUUUUAGUUCACAAAUUGAUUGUAAACAUUAUAAUUGAUGGUAUCAGCUUUAACUUGAAAAUGCUAUUGGCUGUUUUAAUUUGCUCUUGUGGUGCGGAAGACAGUGCUAAUCUCAGGUUGGGGAAUUUGUAGCAGUGAUAGCGACGUCAGGCUAAAUAGAGAUGAUAAUGAUUUAAGAGACUAGGUCAUUGGCUUGCUUCUGUUUUCCUCCUUCAAGCACCCAGGUGGGUCAGCUGAGUGCUGUGUGUUGAAGCUACUGAGGUGGGAGAAUUCUCUUCAUAAAUGCGGAGCAGUGAUUUGGAUGGAAGCCAGUGUUGAGAUAAAUGCUCAUUACCUUGUGUUUAUCUCUUGGGGAUGUUCCAUACAGUGUCAAUGUACACGUUACGUAUAAAAGUCACCUGGGAUUUGCCCUUUUACCUAUUCCACCUGCUCAUUUACAAAUUUGAGCCUCCUAUGAACGGCAUCUGCAUAAAAAUACCUAAACUCAAGGCCUAAAACUAGGGACGCCAUUUAUUGAUGUUUAAGUUGAGCGCAUAUUCCUUAAUUUCCUCACUGUGAAGUACUCUUGUAAGUUCAAGAUAAUAAUGGAACGUGGCUUUCUCAAGAUAAGUAGUAGUCUUUCUGCUUUUUUUUUUUAAAAAAAAAACUUUGAAGCUGGCCUUAAACCUAAGCACCGCUUAGGUCCUUACAAAGGACUGCUUUCACCAUGUGCCUUUUAGAGAGAAACUCUGAGUGGCCACGGCUCAGUUUGCAGCAGCUCUGUGCCAAAGCCAGCACUGGAGGCUUUCUAGGUGAGAGCCCCCCGAAUUUCUCUAAAACAUCUUGUCCCUAGAGACAAGGGAGAGAGCGCUUCCGUCCCUGCCCCUCGGGUCUAAUGGUCGCCAAGUCACUCUGAAGUGUGAGGUCAGUUUUCCCAACCCUGUGCUAUUUACGUAGUUACCACUCUGAGGCAAUGCAGUGCGCUGUCAGGAGAACGGGGUGCCCAGGUAACCCCAGUCUCAGUUUGGUGCUUAGCUUGCUCUGUGGCCUGUAGCUAAUGACUUCGCCUCUCUGAGACUUUGUUCAUGGUAGAGAGAGAAGGCUGGGUGAGAUCAGUGGUCCUCCCGGAGUCAGCACCCCUCCUUAAACAGGCAUUUGAUUCUGGCUCUUCUGAAAUGAAAUUCGAAAUGCAUAUGAUUUAUAGUACAUAUACCCUUUCAAAGAAUGGGUAAGAGUACCCUUACUGUAAUAUAAAGCAGAAAAAAAGGAAGUCACUGUUUAAUAAAAUAAAAUGCAUUUUGAUAAAAAAAAGCUUGGGUCUAGCCAUCCUAGAAGAUGAAAUCAAGUCAUCAGAUGCUUUCACCUGUGUGCAGUCAGUCACGACAAAGGCAGAUCAGUGUGUUGUGUUGGUGACAUCACUCACAGUGUUGUCAGGGGGGUUAUUUCCUGAAAUGGUGGGCAGCUCUUGGUAAAGUUUUGAACCCACACCUUACCACUGGGCCCUGAUAUACGCGGUAAAUGCGUCCCUGGAAUAGUCAUUGUAUAUUAAAACCAUGCAGCAAUUACUUUGCGCUUUAUGUUAAAAGGUCAUUUCUAAAGUCUCACUAAGUCAAGAGAAUGCUAAAAUAUGAGGGUUUUUUUAUUUGAAUAUGAAAACGCAUGGCCUGGUUUGGAAAAAGGUCACCUAUAACAGUUUAUUUGCUCUGCAUCCUGUCUGGCCAUGAGCUAUGUCUCAAGUCUCCGAUUUGAACUGUAACCACAACAGGGAGUGGGGAGUGCUCUAGAGUAACUUUCGGAAAGAGUCCGCAAACCGAAGGAGGCUGACUUGUACUCGCUCCACCUGGGGAUGCGCCUUAACCUCAGUGACUUUGAAGAAUGGAAAGUUCUCACUUCAUAAUAAGAGCUUCUGUAUUAUUGGUUUAAUAUCGAAUAAUAAA